AUGGCUGCGCCUAUGCAGAUAUUGCGGUCGUCCAUGCGACUUUCGUCGUAUCGAUGCUUAUGCAAAGGGAGAUGGAAUCGCAAGGCAGCUGCUGUAACUAUACCAUCUCGAAAUCUCAACCUACAAGAAUACCAAAGUAAGAAGUUAAUGGAUGAUGGAGGCGUGUCUGUACAGAAAUUUGUGAUGGUCAGCAGUCCUGAGGAGGCUAAAGAUGCCGCAGAAAAAUUAAAGGUGGAUGAAUAUGUAAUUAAAGCUCAGAUUCUGGCAGGAGGAAGAGGCAAGGGAACAUUCUCCAAUGGCUUCAAGGGAGGAGUACAUUUAACCAAAGAUCCUUCCAAAGUGAAGGGAAUUGUUGACAACAUGCUUGGUCACAAACUGACAACGAAACAGACACAUGCUGAUGGGGUCAAGGUCAAUCAGGUGAUGGUCGCAGAAGCUCUGGACAUCGCCAAGGAGACCUACUUUGCCAUUGUGAUGGACCGAGGUUUCAAUGGUCCUGUCAUGGUGGGUAGUAAACACGGAGGUGUAGACAUUGAGGAGACGGCGGAGAGAGAUCCAGAUUCAAUAAUCAAGGAGGCAGUAGACAUCGUGACUGGUAUAACAGAGGAGCAGGCUCUCAGAAUGGCAGAAAAGUUAGACUUCACUGGGGAACAUCUUCAAGAGGCAGCAACACAAAUCACUCGUCUCUAUAACCUGUUCGUGAAGGUAGACGCCACACAGUUGGAGAUCAAUCCUUUUGGAGAAACACCAGAUGGUAGAGUGGUCUGCUUUGAUGCUAAGUUGAAUUUUGAUGACAAUGCAGCAUUCCGACAAAAGGAAAUAUUUGAUAUGGAAGACACGAGUGAAACAGAUCCUCGUGAGAUAGAAGCAAACAGACUCAAGCUAAACUACAUUGGUUUGGAUGGUAGCAUUGGAUGUUUAGUGAAUGGAGCUGGUCUUGCUAUGGCAACCAUGGACAUCAUCAAACUACAUGGCGGAGAACCAGCCAACUUUCUGGAUGUAGGAGGCGGAGUAUCAGAACAGCAAGUUUAUGAUGCCUUCCAACUUCUUACAGCAGAUUCUCAUGUGAAGGGAAUUCUUGUCAAUGUAUUUGGUGGCAUUGUAAACUGUGCAACUGUUGCAACGGGUAUCCUUAAGGCCUGUCAGCGUAUCAACCUGAAGCUCCCCCUGGUGGUACGACUAGAAGGACAAAAUGUAGAAGCAGGAAGAAAAAUUUUAGAAGAAAGUAACCUUCCUAUAAAAGCAGCUUUUGGAUUUGAGGAAGCAGCAAAGUUGGCAGUAGCCAGUGUGAAGUAGAAUGUAUGAGAUUUUGUACAGUGGGUUUUCAGAUAUAUUUGCAGUAACAGACACAUAGAUGUUUAGAAAAUAUGGUUUAGCCAGGGUUUUAUCCAUUGGUAUGUAGUUGAAUAAUCGGUUUUGUCAAUGAUUUGCACACUGAAUGUGAUCUUUUAAAUGAUGUACAUUGUACAAGGUUUAGAAGGCAGCAAAUGUAAAUUAUAUCUGGGAAAUACUAUGUAUAACAGUAUAAAAUUGUUUUUUAAGUGAUACUGUAAAUCCAUUUUGGAAGUGAUAAUUAUAUUUCAACAUUUUAAUUGCCAAUUAUGUAAGUGCUGAAGUAUUAUAAUUACUUGAUAACAAAAAGCAUGUAUCAUUGUGUUCUAGAUAGCUGCAGCACCAAGUCAUGAUUUGUGUUAUCAAAACAUUUUCACUAAUAGGUUAAAAUUUGAGUGUUAAAGUACAUCCAUUUUUAUAGGUAAUCAGUGUCAUCUUUUCAUAAAAUUUAGGACUAUGUUCUUAAAAUAGCAGAUUUCUGUUUUUGUGAUUUGACCACCAUCUCCUGGAUGGAAAAACAAGAAGACUUUUUUUAAUACUGCCAUAUUUUUUGUUAGUGUGUUGCAUAAGCAAAUUCUGAGUCAUGCUACGUAGAAAUUCCAAUAUGUCAUCUUUUAACAUUUUCUUCUACCAUUAAGCCAUCAAUCAGGAAUGGUAAAGAUUGUUGUCAUGGAAAAAAAGCAUGUUCAGCAUUUUGUCACAUCAAUGGAUUACUAUCUAAAUGGUAUAUUGACCAUCAGAAACAAUGACAUCAUGAAACAAUGAGAUUAGAUAAUAAUGACAACGUUAAAAAAAUACACCAGAGAAUAAUGACAUCAUGAAACAAAGAUGUCAGAAAAUGAUGACAUCAUUAAACAAGACAUCUGAAAAUGAUGACAUCAUCAAACAAAGAUAUCAGACAAAGGUUACAUCAUGAAGGGAUGACUCCAGGAAAUGAUAGCAUCACAUCUAUGAUUUCAACAAUUAUCAUAUUGCUAACAUUUCUCUGGAAUCAUAUGUUGCUGUCAUAAAAAUCAACAACAAAUAGAGAUAAAAAUUAGAUAUGAUAUCAACAAGAAUUGCUGAAGGUAGCUAAAAAAAAUAUGUCAUUGCUAUAAAAAAGUAUUUUAAACAACUCUUUUCAUUAUUUUACAGCUGGGUAUUCAAUAUCAGUCAUGAAUUUGAUCCAUCUGAUGUGUUAGAUGAUCAGUUAGGAAAUUUCAUUUGAAUUCCAGAUCACUAGAAACUAUAUGUACUCUCAGGGCUUCAUAAACAUACAACUGAUUUGUUUACUGGGGCGUUCUUCUCUGGUUGUUGGUUUGUGAUUUGUGAUGAAAUCAUUUUCAUAAAAUUUGUGAUAAUUAAUUAAAUGUGGUGAGAGUAUGUAAGAUUUACAUGUAAAGUCACGGUUUCUUUUCAAGUGAAAUCUGAAUUAUAGAGAAAUUGUUGCUUGUAAUA